AUGGAAGCUAGAGAGUUUACUCUUCUACAUAUGCGAGGCAGAUACUCCUAUUCGGUUGCCAGCCUGUCUUGGUUUGAGCGAAAGGCUGCUGCUGUUUUCUAUGCUGCGCCUCCCUCAGCUACCAUGGAUGAAGCUUUGGUUGAUUUCUUAGCUGCUGAGGAGGAAAAACCUGAGUGGAUAGAAAAUCUCAUCUACAUUGUUCGCAUUUAUUAUGCAAAGAAUGACAAGGAAAAUACGAAGAAAUACUGCAACAAAUUGCUUGCAUUGACGCCGACAGACGAAGAUGAACGUGAUCGACUGGAUGAAGCGAGGAAAAUACUAGCCAAGUGCUAA